AUGCAUGUGCUGCACAGAUGGAAGCUCGAUCGGGACCUGCCCGGCCCUGAGGAGGUCCUACAUGGACAGGAGGCGAGGAAGAAAUGGCUGAGCCGCUGGUCGUGCUCGUGCCAACUCGCGGCAGCCGAUUCGAACACACCAGGACAGAAUCUGGUGGUAUUCAUCUACUCUGAGGCCGACGAGGCCCUACGUCGUGGCUUCCCCUUCGCUGCUGAUCUGGCCCAGCCACUCGCAGAUGAUGAUCAUCAUCAAUCGACGACGACUCUCCUGCUGCGGGGCCCGCUGCGCCAAGAGGACGCCCAACGACGUCAGACCGAAGAGCAGCAGCUGCACCAGCUCCUCCUGCGACACGUUCAACAUCAUCGCUCGGCCCUCGAGAAAGAUGACGAGGUGAAGGUGUGCUACGCGCGCAAGGUGUAUCGCUUUCCACUUCUUCCACAGCGACAGCAACGUACAGACGAGGCCGACGGCGACGUGGUGGUGUUCGUGCGGGAGGACCACGAGAUCGUGCCGCACGGCCAAGUGUGGGAGGGCUCGGUCGAGAUGGCCCGCUGGAUCUGCGCUCACUACCACGAGCGCUUCAGAACCGGCAGUGGUCUAGUGCGUCCGCGCGUUCUCGAGCUGGGCAGCGGCUGCGGCCUGCCGGGCCUCGUUCUGGCUGCGCUCGGCGCUCAGGUCACUCUAAGCGAUCGAUCGGAGGGCGCGCUGAACAAUCUCGUACACAACGUCGGCGUCAACAUGUCUGCGUUCACAGGCUCGUCCCCGCCCGCGGUAGUGCACCUGGACUGGGCCGAGCCCGGAACCAUGCGGCCGGUGUGGCCGCCGCAGGCGGUGGUCGGGUCGUCGUCGACCGACCCGCGCGGGUUCGACUUCAUUGUGGGCACCGAGGUGGUCUACAGCGAGGAGGGUGCCGAGCACCUCAUCAACACCGUCAAGGCCUGGCUUCGCAACCACUGCGGCGACAACCACGCGGCCCGCCCAUCGUUCUAUCUUCUCCAGAACCCGCUGCGCGCGGGGCUCAAGCACUUUGUAGGCCUCCUCGCCGGCGCCGACCGACAGCUGGCCGACGACAAGCAGGAGCUGAGACGCGGACUUGCCCUCGAAGAACUGGACAGCGAGCACCGCCCGCCGCCAUUGCCAGCGGCAGGACCACCACUCGCGUACGAGCCGAGCGAAACGGAGCAGCUGCGGUUGUAUAGGGUCACCACUCGGGCCUGA